AUGGAGCGACUGGCUACACUUGAACUGAAAUUACAGCCAAAUAUUGUUUGGGGAGAUAGUGAGAUGUAUUUUCAGGUUGAGAAAUUGCUGAUUCCUGUCACUCUUAAUAUAAUGUUAACACUAAUUGUUUGGAUUGGUAUAUAUUAUACCAAAAAGGAUUCGAAUUCUGUCUUCUAUUAUAAGUUCGAUCCGGUCCAUAAUCAUACAACCGAAAAUGAAGUCGUCGACGAGAUGGCUAGAGCUCUCGAAGCUUGCAAGGGGAUUGAUCUUGGUGAAUGUCAUGCAAAAAUGGAACUUGAGACUGCUUCUGGAACAAUUUCCAAUCAAUAUGCUUCUAGCUCACAGUAG